AUGACUCUCCUAUAUAAAGAAAUUACUAAAGAAAUGGAACAUGAGCAAAUAGAUGAAGUUGAUGAGAAUAUGGAAGAGAGUAGCAAUGACAGUGAAGAAGAUUCAGAAGACAAUGAAGAAGAUUCAAUGGAUAGUGAUGAAAUAGAAGAAAAAGAAGAUCAGGAGAAUGAAUCUAGGAUAUAUCUUCCUGGAAAGCCUCUAAAAAGUGGAGAAGAACUUGUUGUGGACAAGACAGCAUAUCGAAUGUUACAUCAGUCCCAAUGUGGCGCUCCUUGUCUUAGUUUUGAUAUUAUUUUAGAUGACUUGGGUAAUAACAGAGAAGAUUACCCACUAAGUAUAUAUCUUGUAGCUGGAACUCAAGCUGCUAAGACACAUGUUAACAACCUCCUUGUUGUGAAAAUGAAAAAUCUGUAUGGUAUAAAAGAUGAUUCUGAUGAUGAGUCAGAUGAUGAGUUCAAUGAUGAGUUAAAUAAUGAAAGUGAUACGAAUACACCAGUUAUGUCUGUUGCACCAAUAAAGCAUCAAGGUUGUGUCAAUAGAAUUAGAUAUACAAGAAUUAAUGAAAAAGCUUUUGCUGCAAGUUGGAGUGAAUUAGGGCGUGUACAUAUUUGGGAUUUGAAUAAACAGUUAAACGCACUUGAUGAUGAUGAAUUACUUCACAUAUAUCGUAAAAAUUGUGAAAAAAAUGAUGGGAGCAUCAAACCACUAUUUAGUUUUAAAGGACACCUUUCAGAAGGAUAUGGACUUGAUUGGUGUUCAACAGAAGUAGGCAUGCUAGCUUCUGGCGAUUGCAAGGGUAACAUCCAUAUAUGGCAUUUUAAUAAUAGCAAUAAUUCUUCAAUUUGGCACGUGGAUCAGAGGCCUUAUAAUUCACAUGCACCGCACAGUGUUGAAGAUAUUCAAUGGUCACCUAAUGAAAAACAUGUACUUGCUUCAUGUUCUGUUGAUAAAAGUAUCAAAAUUUGGGAUAUAAGAUCAAGUCCACAAUCUGCAUGUAUGCUAACAGCAUCUGGCACACAUACUGCUGAUGUUAAUGUUAUCUCAUGGAAUCGUAAAGAAAGUCAAUUUCUUGUAUCUGGUGGUGAUGAUGGUUUAGUUUGUGUAUGGGAUUUACGUCAGUUUGGUCCUAACGGUUCAAGCCCAUUAGCCAUGUUUAAGCAACACACUGCACCUGUUACAACGAUAGAAUGGCACCCUCAAGAUGCCACUGUAUUUGCUUCUGGUGGAGCCGAUGAUCAAAUUACUCAGUGGGAUUUAUCAGUAGAAGCUGAUGAAUCAGAAGAAAUAGAAUAUAAUGAAUUAAAGGAACUGCCACCACAGUUGUUAUUUAUACAUCAAGGUCAAAGUGAUAUAAAAGAAUUACACUGGCAUCCUCAAUGUCCUGGUACUAUAAUAUCAACAGCACAUUCAGGAUUUAAUAUAUUUCGUACAAUUAGUGUAUAAUCUAUUUAAUAAAAUGCAAUAUUUAUAAAGUAAUUUUUAUUAUAUUGAAUUUUUUUGGUAAUUAGUAAUUUUUUUUUUUUUCGACGCGUUAAAGUAUUUUUAAAUAUUUCCAUCUUGUCUUUGUGCCAAAAAAUUUUCGAAGACAAAUUACUAUUUAAAAAAUGACACAAUAAAUAAGAAAUAUUUACAGUAAUCUUUUACGGCAUUUUAAAAAACUAAGUUUCUUAAAGUUUCUUAAUUUUCGCAUUUUUAAUUUCAUUAAAAUAUAGUUAUGUCUUCGACUAAUUUAGAAUCUAGAAAUUUAGAUUGAUUGAAUGAAAACAUAAUCAUUUGACAUUAUUUUAUUUCAAUUAAAUUAAGUAUUUAAAAUAGAAAUCUGCAAGAAUAAUAAAAUAAUAAAUAUACUUAAUCAUUCAGUAAGAAUUUAAAAUGUUCUAUUAAUCAUUUUCUACAAAAUAUGUAAAUACAAAGAAUUUAAUAAGUACUUGAAUAAGUUCCGCCGCUCACUAUAAUUAAUAUACCAGUACUGUGUACAGUAGUUUAAGAUGGUGACACAUCUAUACAAGUACUAUGAGCAAGCUUUAAGAUUCAGUACAAGUCAUUUGAAUGCAUUGUCAACAUUUUUCUAUUGUAUUGAAGAUGUCAAAUUUCUGCUGAUAAAACAAUAUUUGCGGAAGGUUUUACUCCAUUAUUUCAUUUUACAGAAAAGUAAAUUCAAAGAACUUGUAGAGAAUGGUUUUAACGAUUUCGAGAAGGUGACUAUGAUGUAAAAGACAAAAAGCACUCUGGUGCACCGAGAAAGUUCGAAGAUGAAGAGUUGGAAACAUUACUGAAUGAAGAACCAUAUCAAACGCAUAAAGAAUUAUCAAAAUCGUUAAAUGUUGAUGAAUCGACUGUAAGCAGGCAUUAGAAUAGCAAGAUUUAUUCAUAAGCAAGACUAUUGCAUGCCAUAUGUUUUGAAAGACAGAGAUGUUGAAAGACGUUUAAUUAUGAAUUAUUGUUUCAAAGACAGAACAAGAAGUCAUUUUUGCAAUUGUUAUUUGCAACGAAAAAUGGAUUCAUUACGAUAAUCCGAAGAAAUUAAAGUCAAGAGCAAAACGGAAUAUUCAUGGAAGUAAGAUCAUGUUGUGUAAUUAAUGGGAUCAACAAGGCGUACUGUGAACUGUUGGAACUGGAUCGUCACUGCUGUUCGUUAUAAAAAGCAAAUAAUCAAUUUGAGUCGUGCAUUGAAAGAAAAAUGUCCACAAUAUGCCAAAAGGCAUGACAAAAUCAUUUUUCAACAUGACAAUGCUUGACCGCAAAUAGCAAGACCAGUCAAAGAGGCGUUAGAACAUCUUGGAUAGGAUGUGUUGCCUCACCAGACCUUGCUCCAUCAAGCUAUCAUCUAUUUCAAUCGAUGCAGCAUAGCCUUUCGGAACAACAUUUCACUUCUUACAAGGAUAUCAAAAAUUGAUUUAAUGAAUGGAUCACUUCAAAAGAAUAACAAUUUUUUUUUUAUCAUGGAAUUCAUUUUGCCUGAAAAGUGGCAAAAUGUUACAGCCGUCUAAUGACGGCAAAUAUUUUGCAUGGGGUGUUGUUUAUUUUUCUGUGUUAAUCUUAAGUUAACAAAAAACGGCAGAAACUUAUUCAAGUACCCAAUAAUUAUUUCUUUUCUUAUGUUUAUAUUUCCAUUUCCAAAUAAUCUAGUUUAUGAUCAGAAAUUAUUUAAUGUAAUAACAAAUAAUAUUUAAAUUAAAUGGUAUUUAAAGCUUAUUUUUCAUAAGUUACUUCAUAUAUCAAGAUAUAUUUCACUUUAAAUUUCAUUUUCUUAUUAUUUCAUAUACAUAUAAUACAUAAAAAUAUAAUUUAUUUAGAUAUAA